AUGGGCGCAGUAAAGAAGGCCUCACACACGCGGCCCAACCCCGCACUCCACGCUCUCUCCAUCCCCACACGCAACCUCUCCUCUUCUCGUUUCUCCUCUGCCUCACCGCCGCCGCCACUGCUUCCCCUUCACCCCUACCUCACGGAAAACGGCGGCGAUGAGGAGGGUCGGCGCUUGGCGCAUACCCGCGCCCCCGACCGUGGCAGCGUCCUCGCGGGGCCAGGCUUCCCGUCCGCGCCGCGACGCCGCCGGCAAGGAGGCCUGGGCUCGGACAGCCUCCGCGGCGUCGAGUGCGCCGGUGAGGUGUCUGGGAACCGCGUGGCGGGGAACUGGCGCUGCUUCUGGUUGUGGGUUCCGGCGACGCCAAGCCGUACAUCUGAGCCGCCGCCUCCAAUUUGUUUCCUCCAUGUUUCAGCUCCAGGUGUCACGUGUGUCCUUCAUCGGCUAUCCCUCCUUACGGUUGUUGCCGCGUCCGCCUGCUGCGGGUCCUCCGUGUUCGUGACUGUUGUGUCGGCGUCGAAAGAAUUUCUCCUGCAGUCAGACAUGUCCUGCUUCCAAGGAUUGUUCUUCUGCUCACAGGUUGCAUUCCUGUUGCUUCACAAUGUUUGUAUUUACCAUAUUACUCCUCAAUGCCAUGAGUUGGGAGCAGCUCCAAUUCCAUCAGAUGUACAUGAGCUAUAUGUUGAUAAGCUCGCGUAUCAGUUGGCGGAUGUUCUUGAUUUCUUCAGUUUAGGGUCUGUGAUGUGCAUGGGUGUCACCGCCGGUGCCUAUAUGCUUAUCUUCUUUGCAGUACGUGUUUGCACGAUUAGGCUUUCUUCAAGUUCUACAGAAACAACAUGCCUUGACAGAUCAAGGGAGUCCGUAACUUCCUGUGGUGGCGAGGAGCACAUAAUCCGUCCGCCAUAUUCAAAAGGCCAAGGCGCCCCUUCAACAACACGCGCACUCAAGAUAGUAGCCUGGACUGUUUCUUUGGACUUCAAAAUCAACAUGGUACACAGCCACAAUUGCACGGGACAGGCCAGUCAAGCGCAAAAAAGGAUCCUGCAGGCAUCAUAAUCAUCAUUAUAGUUGAAUCGAAUGAACGAAUGCACAUGCAGGAAGAAAAGGGGGAAAUUACGAGAAAUACUAUGUAAUAUGGUACAUGCCUCUGGAGUGAGUUUUUGGCAGUUUUCCCUUCGCCAAGAGAAGAGAAUGUUGCGGUUGUAGUCCACGGCAUCUCGGGCAGCGACAAUCCCAUAAACAUGGAGUGGCAACUUCAACUUUCCAUCUGUUCCAACAAUCUUCACGGAGUAGAUUUGCAAGGUGCUCACAGUGCGAGCAGCAUACGGGAUCAGUCCCGGCGUGCAAUAUGUAAAGUGCAUAGGACUCAAUACGGCUGCAGCAGCAAGUUAAUCCAAAUGUUAAGACAUGUUGUAACAUCAAUUAUUUACUUACUCAUACAAGGAAAGAAGAUAGGAAGGGACGAAUCUGACUGUGUUGCCAUUGUUUUGGAAGACUAAUAAGAUGAGAAGGAAUCGACGGAUUUUAUGUUUA